GAGGCUACUUAAAGUGCCAAGCUUUGAAAACCCUAAAAUAUUUCCUAUCUGUUUUUUAAAAAUCACAUUGCUUUGUAUUGACAAAGUUCUUCGGUCGGACCUUUGUCAUUCAUCUUCGUCACCGUUGUUUCAUCAGUCACUUUCGUCUUCUUCUUCGUCACCGUCGUAGCCUCAUUCAUACGUAAUCGAUUGUCAGGGUGAUUUUAGCCAAAACAAAAGAAAGAUGGUCUUGUUGUUACUCAAGGACAUAGUUCCCGCGGCACAGAACAACAUAAACACGCGUUUCAUCAUCCUCGACAAAGCAAGAUCUCCAGCAGCAGCCAAGAACGGGGAGAACUGUAUCGCGUUGGCGGCGGAUGAGACGGCUGCGGUUCACAUACAGCUGUGGGGAGAUGAGUGCGAGGAGUUCGAGGCAGGAGAUAUCGUGAAGCUCACGAAUGGGAUAUUCUCAUACGUGAGGAACAGUGGGCUCAUCCUCAGAGCUGGGAAGCGUGGGAAGAUGGAGAAGAUGGGAGAGUUCACUGUUGCGUUUGUCGAAACGCCAAACAUUAGCGAGAUCCAAUGGAUUCCUGAUCCUGAGAAUCCCAAACGCUAUAUUCAGAGCGCCGUCGUUUCAGCUUAUUCCCGUAUCUUCCCUCCUUUGCCUUAGAGAUCUUCUUGAUUUAUUUUAAUUAAGAUUUGUAGACGAUAACUUUUUAUUUACUUCUGUACUAAUUAAGGAUAAUUCAAUAUUUCUUUUGGAAA